UUAAAGUCUUUUCAACUACUAUUUAACAUAACAUAAACAAGAGCUUUCUGAUAAAACAAAUCACCAAACUCAAAAAAAAAAAGGCUAAAGUAAUAAGAGCAAACAGAUCUGUCUCUCAAUCUUCAGAAUUACAAGAAGAAAAGAAGAGAAAAAAUGGUUCUAAGAAGCUCAAUCUCCAACACAAGAAAGUUCUUCCAAAAAACUAUUGACAACUUCAAGUUAUUUUUCUCCAACGAUGGUACUUAUCACAAACUACCCAAAACACCUAACAUUAAUGCACAUCAUCAUCCAAAGUCCAACAUCAUCACACCAACAUCAUCCACACACAAACAGUUUCAACCGAAACCCAAAGACUAUGUGACUACAAAAAGAUCUUUGACUCUAGAACCGAGAAGAGGAGACAGAGACAAGACACUACUUUCCCAACCAAAGGUGAAUCUUGUUCGUCGAAAGCUAAAGGAGAUGGAGAAGAUGAUGAAUAAUGAUAUAAUAAGCGAUGAGCGUUAUAUCUCAGAUGUAAGAGAGUUUUUGCAUUGCUACUCUUGCCUUCGUUACACUGCUUACCGCGACGUGGUUGACCAUUUUUUCAUGGAGGUCUACUCUGAUUUCUUUAGCCCUCAUCAUCAUCUCGAGCACACCCGAGAGGCUGUACAAAGAAGGCAUCCAACGGUGGUUCGAGUUGGAUCCUACGGUGACCAUCAAAACUGAUGGAACGGAAAACUUCUAAUAUACAUGAUCAGUGAUUGAUAUGAUAAGAUUAUAAAUUUAGUUUCAUUUUUUCACUCUUUCUUUUUCUUCAUAUUUUUGUCAACCUUGUGAAUCGUGAUUGUAUGUGGCUUUUUUUUUAAUAGAAUUUUGUAGUUUUUAAUGUUCUGAAGGUUACAAAUGACAGUUGAUGAAACGUUUUAUUUUCUUUAUCUUGGUGGGUAAUGUACCACUUU